AAAAGAAAAGAAAUUCUAGAAUCUCCUUUUGACGACUUGCCGUGUGGUUUUUCCUAACUUAGUAUGGUAUUUGAUUUCUUCGCCGUAUAGUUCUCCUAAUCCGUUGCCACAAUUGAUUUCCCCCAUCUAUAAAUACGCUGCAUUGACCCUUUUUUUCUCCAUAUACUAGCCAUCUAGCUUUGUUAUUGAUACAUUCCUCUGAAAAUCAACCAAUCCAUUCUCAAGAUGCAGAUCUUUGUUAAAACCUUAACUGGGAAAACCAUUACAUUGGAAGUUGAGAGCUCAGACACAAUUGAUAAUGUUAAGGCGAAAAUCCAAGAUAAGGAAGGUAUCCCGCCAGACCAGCAGAGGCUGAUUUUCGCUGGGAAGCAAUUAGAAGAUGGAAGAACGCUGGCUGAUUAUAACAUCCAGAAGGAAUCUACCCUUCACCUUGUUCUCAGAUUGAGAGGUGGCAUGCAGAUCUUUGUGAAGACGUUGACGGGGAAGACGAUCACGUUGGAGGUGGAGAGUUCUGAUACCAUUGACAAUGUGAAGGCCAAGAUACAGGAUAAGGAGGGUAUCCCACCAGACCAGCAGAGACUGAUUUUUGCAGGGAAACAAUUGGAAGAUGAAAGGACUCUCGCAGAUUAUAAUAUUCAAAAGGAAUCCACCCUUCACCUUGUUCUCAGGCUAAGGGGUGGAAUGCAAAUCUUUGUUAAGACCUUAACCGGGAAAACAAUCACAUUGGAAGUUGAGAGCUCGGACACGAUUGACAACGUUAAGGCGAAAAUACAAGACAAAGAGGGUAUCCCACCGGAUCAGCAGAGGCUGAUAUUUGCAGGGAAGCAAUUGGAAGAUGGGCGUACUCUCGCAGAUUAUAAUAUUCAAAAGGAGUCAACUCUCCACCUAGUUCUCAGGCUAAGGGGUGGAAUGCAAAUUUUUGUUAAAACCUUGACUGGGAAGACAAUCACAUUGGAAGUCGAAAGCUCGGACACGAUUGAUAAUGUUAAGGCCAAAAUCCAAGAUAAGGAAGGUAUUCCACCAGAUCAACAAUGUUUGAUCUUUGCAGGAAAACAGCUCGAGGAUGGACGGACUCUCGCGGAUUACAAUAUUCAAAAGGAGUCAACGCUCCACCUUGUUCUUCGUCUCCGUGGUGGAAUGCAAAUCUUUGUUAAAACCUUAACUGGGAAAACCAUUACAUUGGAAGUUGAGAGCUCAGACACAAUUGAUAAUGUUAAGGCGAAAAUCCAAGAUAAGGAAGGUAUCCCGCCAGACCAGCAGAGGCUGAUUUUCGCUGGGAAGCAAUUAGAAGAUGGAAGAACGCUGGCUGAUUAUAACAUCCAGAAGGAAUCUACCCUUCACCUUGUUCUCAGAUUGAGAGGUGGCAUGCAGAUCUUUGUGAAGACGUUGACGGGGAAGACGAUCACGUUGGAGGUGGAGAGUUCUGAUACCAUUGACAAUGUGAAGGCCAAGAUACAGGAUAAGGAGGGUAUCCCACCAGACCAGCAGAGACUAAUUUUUGCAGGGAAACAAUUGGAAGAUGAAAGGACUCUCGCAGAUUAUAAUAUUCAAAAGGAAUCCACCCUUCACCUUGUUCUCAGGCUAAGGGGUGGAAUGCAAAUCUUUGUUAAGACCUUAACCGGGAAAACAAUCACAUUGGAAGUUGAGAGCUCGGACACGAUUGACAAUGUUAAGGCAAAAAUUCAAGACAAGGAAGGCAUCUCACCGGAUCAGCAGAGGCUGAUAUUUGCAGGAAAGCAAUUGGAAGAUGGGAGGACUCUUGCUGACUAUAACAUUCAAAAGGAGUCAACAGUCCACCUAGUCCUUCGCCUUCGUGGUGGAAUGCAAAUCUUUGUUAAAACCUUAACGGGAAAAACCAUCACAUUAGAAGUUGAGAGCUCAGACACGAUUGACAAUGUGAAGGCGAAGAUUCAGGAUAAGGAGGGUAUUCCACCAGACCAGCAGAGGCUUAUCUUUGCUGGGAAGCAGUUGGAGGAUGGUAGGACACUUGCAGAUUACAAUAUUCAGAAGGAGUCUACUCUCCAUCUUGUGCUGAGGCUGAGGGGUGGAUUCUAAGCUUGUUAUAUGUUUCUCUGACUUAUUCUUGAUGUAUGUUUUAGUUUUAUUACUUCUGCUACUGUGCAAAGGCAUCUAUAAGAUGUCAAUGCUGUGAAGUGUGAAUGGACUAUUGUUUCUUUAGUGGAAUUUGAUGUUGUUUCUUAUUAA